CACUAGCAAAUAAUUCAUAAAUUUUACCUAAUAAAUGCAAUGGAAAAUAUGUCAGUAUUUUAGUGACUUUUGAAACAUGUGGAUAUCGUGGGAGACAACAGUUGUAAUAUAUUAUUUAGCCUUCAUUUGUGCACUAAAUAUAAAAGGCCAAAUUUUAGAUGAUGUGGAAAGUGUUGAUGACCCCAUAAAAUUUUAUGUAUAUACAAGACACAAUAAUGUUACGCCACAAAUAUUGCAAGCUGAUGUAGAGUCCAUAGUGCGUAGUGUUCUUAAUCCCAACAAACAAUCUACUCUAGCUAUUCACGGUGUGCUGGGAAACAAGAGUUCAGAGGAAUGUUUAAUAAUUAAAGAUGCAAAACUAAAAGUUGAAGAUGCCAACAUUAUUAUAGUGGAUUAUAGUUCCCUAAUGGAGAGCAAUGAUUUUAAAAUUGAUUUCUCUUCUGCGGAUUUAGUUGCCAAAUCUAUUACAGAUUUAGUUAUAUUGCUAAAGGAAAAUUUUAACAUGAACAUUCAAAACAUACAUAUAGUGGGUUUUAGUCUGGGUGGUCAAAUUGCAGGACUUGCGGGACAAAAUAUUUAUAAACACUGUGCCGAAAAAAUUAAUCGCAUAACAGCACUAGAUCCUGCUGGCAUCAUUUUUACUGAGACUACUCCUGCUAACGAAAAAUUAACUGCAGAUGAUGCUGAUUAUGUGGAAGUCGUACAUACGAACGCAGGUGAAUACGGUUAUGAAACACCAUGUGGUCAUGUGGAUUACUAUCCCAAUGGUGGUAAAAUUCAACCUGGUUGCAAUUCUAUCGAUAAUUCAUGUUCUCAUAAUCGUGCUUAUAAAUUUAUACCCGAAAUGUGGUCACCAGUUAAAAAUCAGGAAUUUUUACUACUUAAAUGUGAAAAUGUAGAUUUUAUGAGUUUGGAUUCUUGUCGUUGGCAAAAUAAAAUAAUGGGUGAAUUGGAUCAACAGCAAAAGGGUUUGUAUUAUGUAGAAACCAAUGACAACAAUCCUUUUGGUAAGGGAGCUUUUAAGAAACAAUUUUUAUAAGAUUUCUACAAUGUUUAUAACUGUUAAUAUAUAUUGAUAUACACAUCCUUUAAACAUUGUUAGCUUGUAUGCAUUAAGAUAAUCUAAUAAAUUUAAAAGUUUCAUUUGUAAU